AUGGCUCAAUGCACGGAGGCAUUAUACCUCCAUGAUGCUUCUCUGAGAACUCUGACUACGGAGGUGAUAUCCUGUCAAUCGAUUUCAUCGCUCUCAGAAAACGAAAAAUGUCUAGCCAAAUCUCUCUCCCCAGAAUAUUCAGCUAUAGUCAUGCGCCAGACAAUCUUGUAUCCGCGCGGGGGCGGACAGCCUAGCGAUACGGGCACUCUUGCUCUGGAGGAUCAGGAGCCGACGUUCACCGUGCUUCUAGUCCGCAAAACACAGGAUGGAAGGAUCCUGCACUUCGGGAAGCCCGACAAUACCGAUACCAUCUUCGUUGAAGGCCAGCGUGUUAUUCAAAAUGUCGAUGGCGAUCGCCGAGACUAUCAUUCUCGCCUGCAUACGGGAGGCCACAUCGUCGGGCUGGCAAUGGAGCUUCUCUUUCCCGAUAUGAAAAAGGUCAAGGCCAACCAUGCGCCUGGAGAAGCCUGCAUGGAGUAUGAAGGCUUACUGUAUAAUGAGCAAAAGCUGCUGAUUCAGGCAAAGGUGGACGAGCUGGUAAAACAGGAUCUGCCCAUUCUCAUCUCAUGGGUAGAAGAUGGUUCCGAUCUAGAGGGCCGGGGAAAAAUCGCGAAGGCCCAGUUCGAGUCGCAAGUAUUGGUGGACUUGAUCAGAAUCCUUGCGGUGGUACCCAUGUCGACCGGACCAGUUUGGCUGGGCCUAUCGCUAUUCGCAAAGUCAGUCGACAAAAAGGGAUUAGCCGGGUCUCGUACGAAGUUCCUGAGAAGCAAUAGACUGGUUGCUUGA